AUGGCAACACCGGAGGAAGACUUCUCCGCCCUGCCGCUUACUGAGCGUGUCAAACAUAAAGUAUGGAAGGCUCGGGUUAGUGCAUACGAAGAAUUAACCAAACUCUGGGAAACGAGUGAAGCCGAGAACGAUUUCAAGACAUACGAAGGUGUUCUGAAAAACAUUGCAACAGACGCGAACGCCGUAGCACAAGAAACUGGCUUAACCGCGUUGCUGGCUUUUGUCCAAAAUGCCCCAAAUCCUACAAGAGCAAGAAGUUCUGUGGUGCCUGCUGUUGUGGAAAAAGGCUUUGGUUCGGCUCGUGCAGGCACAAAAAGAAAAGCUGUCAACGUAAUAUUAAUGUUUAUAGAAGUUGAUGUUCCCGAUCCUGUUGUGGAAGAUGUAAUAAACGGCUUAAAUGCCAAACAACCGAAACUAGUCGCUACUACUGUAUCCGCCUUAAAGGAAAUAAUAAGCAACUAUGGAGCAAAGACUGUCAACGUCAAACCAAUACUAAAGACUCUUCCGAAAAUAUUCGGUCAUACAGAUAAAGCCGUGAGGACGGAGGGAACACAACUUGUGAUAGAAUUGUAUAAAUGGUUGGGCCAAGCAAUCAAUCCACACUUACAAGAGUUAAAGCCUGUGCAGGUUAAAGAAUUGAAUGAGGCCUUUGAGAAGUUACCUCCCGAAAAGCCCAAACAACUACGAUUACUUAGGUCACAAGCUGCGGCCGCGGCCGAGGCAGAAGCUGAAGCGCAAGAGGAAGAAGCUGAAGAGGAAAAGGAAAUUGAUGCAUUUGAUUUGGCCGAACCUGUCGAUGUUUUGGGGAAAAUGGCCAAAGACUUUUACACAAAAUUGGGCUCUACAAAAUGGAAAGAACGGAAGGAGGCACUGGAUGGUCUGCUUGAAAUAUGCAAUACUCCUAGAAUAGCUGAUGGUAACUUCUCGGACCUCGUUACUGCUCUUGCAAAGAGAAUGAGCGAUUCCAAUAUUAUCGUGGUAUCACUUGCAGCAAAUAUAAUAGAGAUUUUGGCAAAAGGCUUACGCAAUGAGUUUGCUAAAUACAAAUCAAUAGUCGUAGGGCCUAUCGUAGAAAAAUUGAAAGAGAAAAAAAAAAAUGUAUCCGAUACACUAGCGAAGGCACUUGACGCAGUCUUCGUGACCGUCACGCUAUCUGACGUUGUGGAGGAAAUAGUAGCUGCGGGUAAACACAAGAAUCCCCAAGUAAAAUCAGAAUCAAUUAAAUGGCUUGUACGGUGUCUGAAGAUUACAAAAGUUGCCCCAAAUAAAACCGAAACCAAAGCUCUUUCUGAAAUGAUGGUGAAAGCCUGCGAGGACAGCGCGGAGCCGGUUCGUGUUGCCGCAAUGGAAGGUUUAGGAACUAUGAUGAAAAUUGUCGGAGACAAAGCAAUGAUACCAUUUCUGGAGGGGCUUGAUGAGAUAAAAAAAGGAAAAGCAAAGGAAUUUUGCGAAAAAGCUGAAGUUAAGGUCAAAGCAACUACUGUCAAACGACCCACUCCUGCACCAGCCGCUGCAGAAAAACCCAAGCCAAAGACGACCAAAUCGCCUAAUGGCCCUCCAAAAAAGAAAGCCGAGGCUGCAUCAGCACCUACCAAAUCAGCACCAUCGGGUCCGCCAAAGAAAUCCGUGAAAACUGCAAAGCCGGCUGCUGCUGCUGCGCCACCACCUCCGAAAAAAGGUGGUAAGGCAAAAGAAGAAGAGCCUGUUAAAUACAAAUACUCUGAUGAAGAUGUUGAGGCGACGUUUGGCGAAAUUGUACCUUCUAGCGAAACUGACGGAAUAAGCGACAAACAAUGGAAGAUUAGAUUAGCAGCAAUCACAUCAUUACGCCAGACUUUGGAUUCAAUGGAUCCCGCAGAAGUUGAUCCCGAGUUGGUUGUUCGUUUCUUGAGAAAAAAGCCUGGUUGGAAAGAAAGCAAUUAUCAGGUCAUGACUGAGGCCUUUGGCGUAAUGCAAAUGUUUUCGGAUAAAUCAACCUCGUUUUCUAAACCAGCAGCUUCUCUUGCAAUUCCCAUAUUGGCUGAAAAACUUGGUGAUAUCAAACUCAAGAAACCAGCUGGUGAAUGUCUAACCAGCUUUGCCGAGAAAACAUCAAUUCAAUUUGUACUUGCACAAGCGUAUGAGCCAUUACGAAAGGCAAAGUCACCUAAGACGAUAGCAGACGGUCUCACGUGGAUUCAUAGUGCAAUCAUGGAAUUCGGUAUUGCCGGUUUGCAAGUCCGCGACCUGAUUGAUUUUCUUAAAUUUACUCUCAGCAACACAAAUGCGGCUGUUCGUGCAAAUUCUGUGACAGUUUUGGGUGCUCUACGAAUUUAUGUUGGCCCUGGUGUUCGAACUUUUAUUCAGGAUUUAAAUCCAACACAAUUAGCCACAAUCGAUGCCGAGUUUGAGAAGGUUGCUGAUCAAGCACCGCCUCAGCCGACAAAAUCUAGCGUCGAAGCCAAAAGUUCUGGCGAUGCAUUAGACGAACUAUUUCCCAAAGUCGAUCUUGGAGCACUUAUUACCAGCAAAAUAAUUGCGGAUUGUCACAGCGACAAAUGGAAAACGAGAAAAGAGGGUAUGGAUCAAGUCAAAGCAUUAGUCGAUGCUAACCAGCGACUUAAACCAAAUUUAGGUGAUUUUCCGGCUGCCUUGAAGGCGCGAUUAGCUGAUAGUAAUAAAAAUCUGCAGAUGAUGGCGCUAGAGAUUUGCGGAAAGAUAUCUACAGCAAUGGGCAAACCUUUCGAUAGAUAUGUGAAAAUUUUUGUAGGACCAGUUACUAAUGUCCUUACAGAUCAAAAAGCAACUGUUCGCGGCAGUGCUAUCGGCACUCUCGAUGCAAUGGCAAGUGCUUGUGGGCUUGAUCCUCUCGUUUCAUCUCUUGCUACUAGUCUAGCAAAUGAAAAUCCACUUUUACGAAAGGAUCUAUUAAACUGGCUUUCAGAACGUCUUAAAGACAUCGAAGACAAGAAAAAGUCUCCAGACUUGUCACCGCUAAUAACACCAAUGUUGUCUUGUUUAUCUGAUCGUAAUGGAGACGUUCGUAAGGCUGCGCAGGCUUGUUUAGGACCAAUAAUCAAUAGUGCUGGUUACGAUCAUGUAGUUCAGAAGUGCGGCGAUUUGAAAGGUGCGAUAAAACAACAGAUUAUGCCAAUGAUUGAAGCAGCACGUCCUGUUAGUGGAGGUGCCAGCAAAGGUAAGGACAUUGGAAAAAGACCUGGCCCAAAAAGCCGGCUUGGCGGACCGUCAGGCGGAAUAAGACGUAUUCCCGGAUUUGGUAGAGGGAGUCAGAUUGGUUUGGGUAGAGGGGCUCCUGCUGGGGGAUUCAAUUCAUCUUCUAUUCCUAAUGGGAACGGAGAAACUGCGGAACAUGAAUCGCCAUCUACAUCAAGUUUGCCAACAUUUGCUCAUGGAAGUAACUUGCCAAGUGCUCCAAGAGGAUUGCAACCACCAUCCGGUAUUGGACGAGGUUUGCCUCCACCGAGCCGUCUACAGUUCUCGCGUCUACGGAAGCCUGGCAAUACUCUAAAUGGACAAUCGAAUUCUGCCCCUGCUAGUGAAGCCGGGUCUAAUAAAGAUGUUGUGCCUAUGGACAUUGAUCAACCAGAUCAUAUUGCACCUACCGCUAUGGAAGCCCCGUCGAGGAGUGGUAUUCCUGGACCAUUUUCUAGCAAACUGCGUGCGGUGCCUCCCGAAAGAUCACCCGAGAUUAGAAUGGACUAUAUUAUUAAUAGAAUAUUAAAUGCUGAUCCUCAGCAAAGUAUCGAAGCGUUAAAGGACUUUGACAAAGAAUUAAACAAUUCUUCUGCAAAAGUUGCUGGUCAUGUUGACGAGCUGGUUAAUGCUCUCGCUCUUCAAAUCCGCUUUUCUUAUACGAAACUUGAACCACAAUCACAUACCCUCAUUAGGUUAUGCAAACACUUAGUCAAUGCAUUGGUUUUGUUAUUUUCGAACAAGGAACUUGCGGUAUCAGUCUCUCAAGAAUAUUUGACAAGGCUUUUGCAAGAACUAGCACACCGGCUAUUGGAUCCAAAUUUACAAGUUCUGGAAUGUGGACAGCAAUUAUCGAAAGCUCUUAAUGUAGCAAUGGUCAAAGUACUCGAGAAUAGCGACAGAAAUGCAACUGCGUUGAUUUUGAUACUUGAAACAUCGUCUGCCAAUCUACGUGACGUAGAAGAUUCCGCAUCUAGUGCUCAAGUAAAAUUUACUGAAUUAAUAAUGAAAUGUCUGUGGAAAUUGGCGAAGACCGUACAGGAGAAUUUGAAGGCCGGGGUUCUCAAACCCAACAUGUUACUUCGUGACCUAAACAAUUUCUUCUUGGUAACUCCACCUGCAGAAUGGAAACGAAGAGCUACUGAGAAAGUUCCUUUAGGCGAGAUGCCUCUUCGCACUGUGAAGACAUUAUUGCUUGAAUUGGUGACAGGACUGGGUGAUGGUGUAUAUGAUCAUUUGGAUCUUAUAGAAGAUCCACAAAGAAGCUAUGUCUAUCCUUAUCUGCAUCAUAUGCUUGAAGCUCAUAGGAAGAAAGCUGGUCAACAACAACUUCCUCAACAAAACUACUCUCAACAUCAGCAACACUUUAAUCAACAUAUUUCUCAGCAACAACAGCCAACACAUAGUCGAGGUACGUCUAUUUCAUCCAUACGAUCGAUUACUUCGAUCGGAUCAGAUUCUAGCUAUCCAGACAAUGACUCUACACACGGCUCUCCGGCGAUGGAACAAGACAUUCAGGAAUCAACAGUGAGAGAACCUCCACUGCGAGAAAUGCCUAAACGCGAGAUUCCUUUCAAUGGCUCUGAAUCUAUGAGUCCGACUUCGCCACGGACGCCAAUGUCACCCCGCUUUCCAACGCUAGCAGGGAGCAUCCGCACGUCUGGGUCUCAUGAAUUAGAAGUGAACACUCAAUUAACUCGCAUUUUUCAAAAGAUCGGCACACCACGAGAGUCUAGGAAGGGUAUUCAAGAACUGUAUGAAUUCCAGAAAGAGCACCCUGAAAUGGAAAGUAAAAUAUCAGCACAAUUAGAAACAACCAGCUUCUAUUUUCAGAGUUAUAUACGACGUGGGCUAUCUAAUAUUGCUACGGAGGAGGAAGAGAAACAUAGAGCUAGCAUGAUUGCAGAAGCUAGGAAUGUUUUUCCGGCAUCUACUGGGCGAGCAGACUCUGUUAGUCCUCCACUUGAAGAUGAACACAAGCAGAAGCUUUUGAAAUUAGCAGAAUUGUUUGGGUAUCCAAUGUGA